AUGGGUGUCCAGAAGAAGACUCGCAAAUUUGCAGUAGCAAAGCGCACGAUUCAGCUACGCGACAGUCGCCUGAAAGCGAAUGACAAGACAGACAAGAACAACCAAGCCGGGACAUCUGGCAAGGAUGAGGUGGUCCGAGAAGCACCUCAGGCUCCCUCCUCCCUCUUUUUCCAGUACAACACUGCCCUCGCCCCGCCUUAUUCGGUGCUUGUCGACACCAACUUCAUCUCUCAUACCAUUCAGCACAAAUUGGAGAUCAUUCCGACCAUGAUGGAUUGCCUCUAUGCCAAAUGCAUCCCCAUCAUUACCGAUUGUGUUCUUGCAGAGUUGGAAAAAUUGGGACAAAAGUACCGUCUGGCCUUGCGCGUCGCCAAAGACCCACGAUUCGAGCGAAUCAAAUGCGACCACAAGGGAACGUAUGCAGAUGACUGUCUGGUUGAUCGUGUCAUUAAGCACCGUGUCUACAUCGUUGCCACCAACGAUCGUGACCUCAAACGACGUAUUCGCAAGAUUCCUGGUGCGCCGAUCAUGAGCGUCGCUCGUGGAAAAUACGUUAUUGAAAGACUACCAGACGCCCCCGAGAAGUGA